AUGUCGGAUGAAAAUGAGCUCAAAAUCGCCAAUGCAUUGGCCGCUUACCAUGACCAUAAUGAGCCGAAGAUCAAACCAUUGGCAAGGGAAUUCGACGUUAGUUACCAGACCCUGCUAGGCCGUAUUCCGGCUGCGGCGCCGCCCCCGACGGCAGCAUCGAUACAGCAGCGCGCCGAUGACAUUAUUCAUCGAUCAAACCCGGACAGGAAGCCUCUUUGGCAUGGCUGGGGCCUCGCAUUCACUAACCGACUGCCAAAGCUUACACCCCACCUCCAUUUUAUUAAGCAGAAGCCGAAGGACCCGAAGCGAAUGGGCGCCGAGGACGUAGGUCUUACGGAGAUGUGGUAUGACCGCCUAGAGCAGUGUAUUAAGCAGUAUGGGUUUCGACCGAAGGACAUCUAUAAUAUGGAUGAAACCGGCUUCCGAAUCGGCGAAGGAAAGGCUCAAAAAGUGGUAUCUGCUUCACCUAUUAGCUUCACUGCAACCGGAGGCCAUGGCGAGAGUAUUACCGCUAUUGAAUGCAUUGCUGCCGAUGAUUGGAAGACGCCGCCGUGGUUUCUAGUGAAAGCUCAGUAUCACCAGGAAAGCUGGUAUAUUGACGAAAUGCCUGAUGAUUGGACGAUAAAACCAACACCAAAGGGCUAUUCGUCUCAUACCACAGCAUUAGAAUGGCUAGACUCAUUUAUCGAGGCCACAAACCACCGAGUCUAUCGCCAUAAAUACGCCGAAAGUGAUGAUGAGAUAGCGGAAGCUCGUGGCCAUGGCGGUCGCCGUCGAUACGGCCAAGAUGCAGCUAUUCGCCGAGAGAUAAAAGCGAUACGCGAAGAAGCAGACCGCGUACACUGCCGAGGUUAUCGCCUUCUUCUUUUCGAUGGCCAUAAGUCUCACUGUACGCCUGAAUUCAUCCUAAAAUGCUGGGAAAAUCGCAUUGUUCCGUACGCCUUCCGGCCGCAUGUCUCCCAUAUAUGCCAGCCCCUCGAUUCGGUUCCAUUUCAACGGUAUAAAGCGCUAUAUCGGAGAAAUAAUGUCGAGGUUGCCCAACGGGGUGGCUCGGUAUCCCGGAAAGUAGAUUUUUUUCGCGAAAUCGUUAAGGUUCGAGAGGUGAUGGAUGCUCUCUCGGAGCACGUCAUUAAGGAAGGUUUUCGCCUUGCUGGAAUCGUCCCUAUUGAUGCGCAAUUAGCCAUGGAGCAAGAGACCAGAGAUGCUAAUGAUGAGACUAAUGAUAUAUGGGUAGACGGCUUUCCUGAUAGAUAUGGAGACGGAGUUGAAGCUCAAGACCGCGAGCUAGCUAGCUCUAUCACUAUGUCACCGCCGUGA